AUGGCGGGAGAGCCUAGGAAACGCAACCCGAACUUAUACUGCCAUUAUCAUCAGGAUCAUGGGCACACGAUGGAUAACUGCAGGAAUUUAUGGGACCACUUGGAACAGUUGGUCCGUGAAGGGAAAUUAAAACAACUCUUGCAUCACUCCAGUGGAAGGGCGAGCCAAGCAGGUUCAGAGGUGCGCGGGGACGCUUCAUCAAGACUUCCCCUGGGUACGAUUAACGUUAUCUUUGUGGCCCCGGGGAGGACUGGGUCUUGCUCCGCUAGAGUGUUGUCGGUGUCCCGAUCCCUGGGCGAGGGUCAUUCCCAAGCAUUGAAGAGAGCCAAGAAGCGUGUCCCCCUGAUUUUAGGCUUUUCAGAUGAGGAUACGGUUGGGACCAUACAGCCCCAUGAGGAUGCUUUGGUGGUAACGUUGAGGAUCUGUGGGUACGAUGUCAGAAGAGUGAUGGUUGAUUAG